CAUUUACAUAUUUUGUGUAUAUUGUUUAAUAGUUUGUACUCUAUCCUAAUACUACUGUGUUUCAUACUUUAGUAUAUAUAGUAAAAUACUCAUUUAUUUUAUUGCUAUAAGUUUAAGCAAUUAUUUGACAAAAAACUCUAAACUACAUUAAUCUCCAAGAAAAAAGAAAAGAACAUUGACAACAAUGAAUAUUGAUGAGGCAAAGGAAAAUAUACAACCGUUGGCGACAGGUCGUAAUGCGAGUGUUCUGCAAGCAUCGCUAACCAUGGAAUCAUCACAAGAACUUACGUUGAGACGGCGCGAACUAGAAAAUGAAAUUCAUAAUUAUAGAGGAGAUGAUCCAUUAAGUGCCUGGUAUAACUAUAUUGAUUGGAUUGAACAAAGUUUUCCCUCGGGCGGUAAAGAAUCGGGAUUAAAGCAAGUACUUGUGAAGUGUUUAGAUUAUUUUGCAAGCGACGAACGGUAUUAUCAAGAUGGAAGGAUGAUAAGACUUUUCAUUAAAUUUAUGGAUGGUAUUAAUGAUGCGGCUGCGUAUUAUCAACGAUUUUUUGAAGCAGGCUUUGGUGGCAUGGUUGCCGAUUUUUACAUAUCCUGGGCUUAUUCUUACGAAUUGGAAGGGAAUGUCCGUAAAGCCGAUGAAAUAUUUCGACAAGGCAUAGCUUGUCGUGCGCAACCAUUAGAAGAUUUAAAAGAAGCUCAUCAACAUUUUGGAUAUACAGUGGCCCAAAGGCUAUUAUAUAAAGAAAAUGAAACAAUUAAAGAAGAAACCAAUCGACAGUUAAGUGAAAGACGUUCGGCUUUAGCUUCCUUAAAGGGAUUUCAUCGAAAACAUAAUGUUGGAAGUGUACGCACGGGUUCUGUAAUAAAAAAUGCAAUGCCAGGCACAAUAAAAGUUAAUCGUUCUACUACUUCGAAAAGCAGUUUUGAACAAGUUCAAGUUAUAACAGAUGAGAAUGACAAUCCAGGGACAGCAAUUGAGUUAAAGCACGCAAAUGAUACUGGUCAAUGCGAGACGGUUAAAAAUUUGAUUACUUCAAUGAUUAGUGUCGCUCGCAAUCAAGAAAAUGAACGGGAGGCAGGUCCUUGGAACAAAUCUCAUACGGAUAAAAAUUCUGGAAAAUUAUUUCGGAAAAAUGCGACAUUAAGUCGGGAUUUUAAAAUUUUAGAAGAUGAAUCGCAAACUCUCCCUAUGGCUCCGAUUAAAUCUGAAUUUGAUAUGACAUUUAAAUAUCCGAAACCCUUCUUUCCCAAAAAUAAACCACAAAAAGAAUGGAUCGUGCCUGUUACGAUUGAAGAGGCACCCGAUAAAGGUAGUUUACCCGAAUACAAAAAGUAUAUGCUAUAUCCCAGGCCGAAUGUUGAGUUUCAAUUAGAAGAACUUAAGGCCUAUAGCAAUUUUAAGCUACGAAAUAUUGAAAAUAAUUUCACAAAAAAAAGAGAUAUAUAUUGGCGUAACGGGCCCAAUUUUAAUGUACGUCAAUAUCCACAUUUUGCGAAACAAUCAAUACGACAAACGCCUAACGAGACUUAUGUACCUCCAAAAGAAAAUAAUUUAGUACUCAAUUAUGAUGAAAUCUAUGAUCCAAUUGCAAAGCAAGAAUAUGAGUUUGCAGAGCUCUACGCCAAAAAAAUUAAACGCAACGAAACAAUUGUGGUCCCAACCGAUAUGGAGGAAACAAUUUUUGACCAUAACACUGCGAAAAUAAGACGUAAAAGCUUCCUCCCUGCACGAAAAUCGAUGGCGCCCAGUGUCUUAGCAGCAGUUCAAACAAAAUUAAGCGGAUCACCAGUAUACGAUUAUGGCGACAUAACGGUAACUACACAAACUACAGUUAAUACAUCAAAACGAAACAUAGUUCCAGACGCUUCGCUACAAACAGAAGGCGCUGCUAAAAAUCAAUCUGCAGAGCCGGACGAUUGCAUCGAAAGCAAAAUAAACUCGGCUGCACCAUUUGAAAAUAGCUUCAAAUUUAACCCUCCUGCAGUACCCCAUAUUAAGGAAGUAAAACAACACGCACCGUGUUUUGAUAUUUUCGAAGACACGGUAACGAGGCCAAAUACCAAAGCUAUUAAUUGCAAGACCGACUGCCCCUCAGAAGGAUUUCUUGAUGCGGACGAAAGUUGUUCAACUCAAACGUUUAAUCUGUUUCUGAAGGCUCAGUUAGUUAGUACGCCUAAGCCUCCAUGUAAGACCACUUCUCACAGGCAAUUUGGAACUAUUCUUAAAGAGACUGUAUCGCCAACUGAUAGGCGAUUAUUACAACCAUGCAUGGAAAGUCAAGAACGUGUCGUUCUUCUUAAUGCCCCUCUAGAUAUGCAUGAAGGCGUUUCACCGUUUUGUAAACAAUUAUCAACGAUCCUAGAAACUUCGGAGCAAGGAUCGGGCUCCACCAAAUCCACAAUAAGUUCUGCAGAGUACGGAGUUGAAUUGCAAAAUACUUCUUCCUCCACUCAAAAAACGCAAAAAGAGCAAUUAGUUCAAAAGACGGAAUCGCCCUGUAAAGAGAAUAUGAAAUCCAAUUCGAAGGAAGAAAAUAUCGCGAGCAAAAACGUUUCUGCUGAACCACUUGAACUUCGAGCUAUGUCUAAAACUAAUGCAAACCCAGUUUCAGCUUCCAACUUUUCUAUUUAUGAAGACGACGCCAUAGGCGAAAAAAAUGCAGUUGUAAAUCUUUCAUGCGUGGAAGGGAAAGAACCAACUGCAGAAUGUCUCUCUCUUAAAAUGCCGUCUAUACGUUUUCAGGAAGAAAAAACCGAGACUGCUACAAACGUAUUGCUCACUUCUCGAUUAGGUGGUGGCAAAUUUCAGGAAGAGAAGACUGAAACAAUACCCGAUAUAUUAGUGUUCCCGCAAAAGCCAAGCAAAUUUCAAACAGAUGAAUCUGAAGACUUUUCGAACUUCUUCUUAGCCCCUCCUACACCAUGCAAAUUCAAUGAUGAUGACAUAUUUGAUAUGUCUACUAAACCGGUUUUGAAAAAGAAAGAAAUAAAAUCGGCAAUGCCGAAUGAAAACGAUCAUUAUCGAAAAGAUUUAUUUGAAGUCUUCACCGAUAUACCUCCAAAACAAAAAAUAUCAUUAUGCAAAUCUGAUAUUGAAAAGUUCUUCGAUUUAGAGUUAAAAACGCAUGAGAAUAAAGAAAAUGUAUUGUUCGAAGAUGAAGUGCCUUCAGCGGCUUUUUAUUGCUCUGGCACAAAAUCAAAAGGUAUGGCGCAUACGUCUAAAGUGCACGCUGAGCUGAAGGAUACCUCUAUGCCGGACUUUUCAAUAAUAGAGGAUAAGCCCUAUCAGCAACAGAAAAAUGAUUGUGUAAAUCAAAAUUUAUCAAAAAUUGAACGAACUACUAAAGAGCACAACAUUUCACAUAGUGCGACAGAUUCUUCUGUCAAUGCUUUUUCGAACACACAACGACCGGAACGAUCCAACACUAGCGACGAUAAUGUUAGAGAAAAGAAAAACUCCUAUCUGAGCUUAGGGAAUAUUAAAAUAAACAAAUGCGAAACAAUAGACAAAUCAUUCGGGGAUAAUGAGACGUAUGAUGACGAAAUGAGUAUAUAUUAUAGAGAAACACCUAAAUCUCCAAAAGUCAUUACACAUCUUUGGGAGGAUAAUGAUACCAAAACACCCGAAAAUAACAAGUACAUUCACGAUGCGACUGAUAAUAUAUCUGAUCAACAGUUCACUGAUAAUAGCUCAGAUGUAAAUCCUUUCAGUAUUGAUUUAAUCAAAGCCCAUCUUGAACAGGUCACGUUCACUCAAUAUAUUCAAGGUCUGCAAACAUGUACGUUAAUGGCGAAAAUUCCACGCCUAAUUCCAAAACAUAUUAUCACCAUCGGUAACAUUAACUUUGAGGUUAAUAAAUUCAUUAAUUCAGGUGCCUACGGUGCAAUAUAUUGUGGUAAAAAUUUAAACACUGGCCAGCUGUGCGCUUUAAAACAGGAACGACCGCCAAACCUUUGGGAAUAUUAUAUUUGCUUGGAAAUACAGGAUCGCGUAUUCGAUGAAAUGUAUCCAGCGUAUAUGGCUAUUGAUUACGCGUUAAUUGGUAAUAAUUCGAGCAUAUUAAUAUCAGAUUUCUCCCAGUAUGGCUCACUAAUAGCUGUUUGCAAUAAAAUCAAAAAAUCGACCACAAAAAAUAUGGAUGAAUAUGUGGUCAUGUUAUUGGCCACUGAAUUACUGGAAAUAAUCGAUCAUUUACAUGCCGCUAACAUAAUUCACGCCGAUAUAAAAGCCGAUAAUAUUCUGCUAAUGAACAAGUUAUGUUAUCCUGUUACUCAUAGAAUGCUACAAUUAAUCGAUUUUGGUGUUUCUAUCGAUAUGAAACUUUUCAAAGAAGGGCAAACGUUUUCCUACGUUCAUAACGACAAAGCAUUUAAUUGUGUGGAAAUGCGCGAAGGACGACCAUGGACAUAUCAAUUGGAUUUGUAUGGUUUGGCUGGAGUUAUACAUGUACUACUUUACGGCAAAUAUAUGGAUAUUGAAAAGAAUUCGGAUGGUAUCUGGAUGCAUAAAACCCGUAUACCCCGCUAUCACAAUAAAAGACUUUGGGAAACAAUAUUUAAGACAUUACUAAACGUUCGCAAUUGCAAGUCAAUGCCCAAUUUACAGCAGUUGCGAGCUUUAUUGAAAGAAGAAAUCGAAGAGGAAGAAAAAUAUGUUACAAAAAUGAUAAACGAAUUUAAUAGAGCCAUCAAUUAA